CUCUUUUGCCAUUUUCUUUUGGGUUCUCUAUAGUCCCAAGGUCCGUGCUUGCUGAGCCUCUACCAUUCUCCAUCACUGUCAAGGCUUUCACACUUCCUUUCACUCCACUUCCAUUGUCUCUCUCUGCUUUCUCCAAAACCCUUCACUUGGUUUCGGCUGCAGAGAAAGUAAAGGUAAUCCCCUUGAACUUUGACUCUGCAAUUUUCUGCUGGAAAUGUUUUAUAAUUUAGUUUUGGUAUUUCUGCUGCUCUGCAACUCUCAUUGCCUGGUGGAUUCUUUGAACGACGAAGGCUAUGCCCUUUUGUCGUUCAAGCAUUCCAUUGCAGAAGACCCAGAAGGGUCUCUAAGCAACUGGAACUCCUCUGAUUCCAACCCCUGCACAUGGAAUGGGAUUACAUGCAAGGACCAAAGGGUUGUCUCUCUCAGCAUUCCAAAGAAGAAACUUUCUGGGUCUGUUCCUUCCGCCAUGGGAGCCCUCUCCGAGCUCCGCCAUGUCAAUUUAAGGAACAAUAUGUUGUACGGAAGCUUGCCCCUUGACCUUUUCCAAGCUCUGGGGCUCCAAAGUUUGGUGCUUUAUGGAAAUUCCUUAUCUGGGUCUGUCCCAAAUGUAAUUGGUAAGCUCAAAUACCUUCAAUCCCUAGAUUUAUCAGAAAAUUUGUUUAAUGGGUCGUUGCCCUCGUCGAUUAUACAAUGCAAGAGGCUCAGAACCAUCGAUCUUAGUCAGAAUAAUUUCACUGGCUUUCUACCAGAAGGGUUUGGAAGUGGUUUUGUUUCUCUGGAAAAACUUGAUCUUUCUUUCAAUAAGUUCAGUGGCUCGAUUCCUAGUGAUAUGGGAAAUCUGUCUAGCUUGCAAGGCACUGUUGAUUUGUCUCAUAAUCUGUUUUCGGGUGCAAUCCCGGCAAGCCUUGGAAAUCUUCCUGAGAAGGUUUACAUUGAUCUUACUUACAACAAUUUGAGUGGUCCGAUACCGCAAAAUGGUGCUCUGAUGAACAGAGGACCAACUGCUUUUAUUGGGAAUCCUAAUCUUUGUGGCCCUCCAUUGAAGAACCCGUGUUCUUCUGAAGUUUCCGGUGCUAGUCCACCAUCCUCAAUUCCGUAUCUGCCAGAUAACUCCCCCCCUCAGGAUUCUGAUUAUAAUGCUGGAAAGAGUGGGAAAGCUAGAGGGUUGAGUAAAAGAGCUGUCAUUGCAAUUAUAGUGAGUGAUGUAAUUGGCAUUUGCCUUGUUGGGCUGCUUUUCUCAUAUUGUUAUUCGAGGUUUUGGGUUCGUAGUAAGGUUAAGGAUGAAAAUGGUUAUGACAAGGGAGGUAAGCGAAGGAAAGAGUGCUUGUGCUUCAGGAAAGAUGAAUCGGAGACUUUAUCGGAGAAUAUGGAGCACUAUGAUCUAGUGGCAUUGGAUACACAAGUGGCAUUUGAUCUGGACGAGCUUCUUAAGGCGUCUGCUUUUGUUCUUGGAAAAAGUGGAAUUGGAAUUGUUUACAAAGUUGUGCUUGAAGAAGGAAUCACGGUAGCAGUGAGAAGAUUGGGCGAAGGGGGCUCCCAGAGAUUCAAGGAAUUUCAGACGGAAGUCGAAGCAAUUGGAAAGCUAAGGCAUCCUAAUGUCGUUACUCUGAGGGCUUAUUACUGGUCUGUUGAUGAAAAGCUGCUCAUAUAUGACUAUAUUCCUAAUGGCAGCCUUGCCACCGCCAUUCACGGAAAGCCAGGAGUGGUAUCAUUCACACCGCUAUCAUGGUCUGUUCGGUUGAAUAUCAUGAAAGGAAUUGCAAAAGGCUUGGUCUAUCUUCAUGAGUUUAGCCCCAAGAAAUAUGUCCAUGGAGAUUUGAAGCCAAAUAACAUACUGCUUGGACAGAACAUGGAACCCCACAUUUCUGAUUUCGGACUUGGACGCCUUGCAAAUAUCGCUGGAGGGUCACCGACACUGCAAUCCAACCGAAUCCCCACAGAAAUAUCACAAGAAAGGCAACAAACGAGUGCAGUGCCAACUGAAGCUUCUCUGGUUAGUUCGUCCGGCAAUUUGGGAUCUUGUUAUCAGGCCCCAGAAGCUCUGAAAAUGGUGAAACCAUCACAGAAGUCGGAUGUGUAUUCGUACGGGGUAAUCUUACUCGAAAUGAUUACCGGAAGAUUGCCAAUAGUCCAAGUGGGUUCCUCAGAAAUGGCCCUGGUUCAUUGGAUUCAGCUCAACAUUGAAGAGAAGAAGCCUCUUUUAGAUGUUUUAGAUCCAAAUUUGAUGCAAGAUGUGGAUAAGGAAGAAGAGAUUAUCGCGGUUCUGAAGAUCGCAAUGGCUUGCGUUCACAGCAGCCCUGAAAGGAGACCGAUAAUGAGGCACAUAUCCGAUGCUUUAGACAGGUUGGCCACGUCUGCUGUCUGAGAUAUGAUAGGCGGCAAAUUCAAUCCACUUGUGAAGCUUGAUGUUUGAGUUAGUUCAAUCUUAGUGAUCGUGCAUUUGUGUAUUUAGCGUAGGCGUUUCGACAGUAAGAUUUCUGAUUUUCCUACUGUCAUUUGAUAGAGCUAGGUUGAGGUAGAACCGCUGAAAGAGCAUUGUUAACCGUGCAUGAAUUGGCCCUUAACUAGUAUAUUUGUGAACGCUGAUGUCUUCAUGCUCUUAUUUCAGACCUUUUUGUAUCUUCUUGUUCUUGUAGGUUAAUGAAGUUGCUGAUUUGUUUCUUGUUC